GCAGUCGCGUGUUGACGAACAGAAAAGUGUACGGUUGUGAAUGUGAUUCAGGGAAAAAAAGAUCUAGAAAACCAAUACAAAAACAACACCUCGGCAGGACCAACGCGAUCACAUCAUUAUUAUGCCGAUCGCGUUUAAUUUUGAUUGAUAGAUUUCAUUCAUUGUUUUCAAAUUCUUGUAAACCGCAAGAAGCUCGAUCGGUAGCGGUAUUGGUGCUUUUCAACGGGUCGAUAGUUUAGAAAGACUUCGACGAAACCGGUUAAUGCUGUUCUGGCUUACGACGAUCGCCGCUAUUAAAGGAGGUGCUAAUCAUACAGCAGCUGGUGCAUAAAGAAAAUAGUCAUCUUCCAAGUUCGCUGCCGAAGCAGUGAAUAGUGCCUGGGUGCCCUCAACGGGGUGGAUCGAUGCGGUGCGCGGUGCUUUGAAAAUCCCACAAUUGAGGAAAAUGACGAUCAGUCGCGGGUCUUUUGUUUCCGCAACAGUGGUGUUCGCUUUGAUCGCGCUAACCUGGUGCCAGUCGGAGAUUUCAGUAACCGAAAGUCCAAAGAGCAGCCUAUACAAAGGUUCGCAACAAUUUGCGCUCAAUUUUUUCAAGAAUGUUAGUAACGUUGUGGAUUCCGAUCCGAAUGUGACAACCACCAAUAUAAUCGUGUCACCUGUCUCCGUGUGGAGUUUGCUCGCGUUGAUUACCGAAGGGGCCGGCGACAGAACGCUGUAUGAGCUGCUCCACGUUUUAAAUGUGCAGGAUCAGGCAGAGAUCAAGCACAACUACAAGGCUUUGCUAGACACGAUCAAUGUCAACACAAGUGAAGUGAAGAUCGCGACCAGUCAAUUCAUAUUUACCGACAUUAAUCGCCCGGUUUUGCGAGACUUUGAGAGAAACAUCGAUCGUUACUACGGAGAGCAGCUGCUGGAAGCUCUGGAUUUUAGCAGUUCACCAGAGGCCAUCAAAUACAGUCACGAUCGAAUCAACCAGGUGGUAUCCGAUGCUACCGAGGGACAAAUCACCAAAGCAGUGCACGCGAAGGACGUCAUUCAAGCUCGGAUGAUUAUGCUGUCGGUUCUAUUUUUCAAAGGAGAAUGGACGCUGCCUUUCAACCAAACCCUUACGCUCCCAACACCGUUCUACGAUGAAAAUGAGCGCAUGGUCGGAAACGUUCAAAUGAUGUACCAAAAGGCAGUUUUUCCAUUUGCUGCAUUCCGGGAACUGGAAGCACAGAUCGUCGAACUCCCCUACGGCAACGACCGCGAGCUGAGCAUGUUGUUGAUUCUGCCAAGAAAGGGAGUCCCUUUGCAAACCGUCAUUCGUCGGCUGGCGGACUUCAACAUGGAUACCAUCUACAAGGAACUGAAGCAAGCUGCCAUUGAGUACGAGGACGACGAGGUGGAGGUGUAUUUACCGCGAUUCGAAAUCACGGCCGAUUACAACCUGAUACCGGUUCUGCACGAUAUGGGCAUCCAUGAUGCAUUGAACAAGGACACGGCUAACUUCAACAAGAUGGCCAACGACAUCUUCCUAGGAUCGGUAAUCCAGAAGUGCAAAAUCAUUGUGAAUGAGGAGGGCACAACGGCGGCAGCGUUAACAUCAGCAGUUUUUGCUAACAAAGCGACCCCACCGCGUUUCUACGCCAAUCGACCUUUCGCCUUUUUGAUAGUAAACAAACGAUACGAUUUGAUUUUAUUCAUGGGACAAGUGAAAGAUCCCCAUUCCGUUUAAGCCGAGACAUUUAGAACCCAAAUAUAUAA